AUGCCCCCGCUAGCCACGGAGAGCGUUCAUCGCAAAGAUCGCUCUUCCCAGUUGUCGGUCUUGAUCCUUGACAGGUCUGUCUGCUUCUGUGAGCCAGGCAUGCCUUUUCCUUUUCUCUUCUACCCGUCUCCCUCUCUAUGCAAGGUGCUAGGCCUACAUUGGCAGCCGUCUUCGCGAGCCGAGCGCUAUCGCCACAAACAGCCUGCAAGAGCAACACAGCGUCGCACGAAUGCUUCUCCGCUCAUGCAGAUGCUCUGCAAGAUCUUUGCCUGCCAGUACUCGCCCGAAUGCCCUGAAAAUCCCGUCUCCCUCGGCGUUGCAGAGAACUCACUCAUGCACGAAGAUCUGCUCGCUUGGUCGAGGAAGCGCUUCGAGCUCACCGCCAGCGAUCUGACGUAUGGCACAGCACUGAAGGGCUCCGCUCGCUUAUUCUCCGCACUGAUCCCUUUCUUCGAGCAACGCUUCAAGAACGUCAAGCCCAUCUUGCCUCAACAUAUCGUCACAGGCGCAGGCGUAUCUGCCGUGAUUGAUCAGCUCAUGAUCUUGCUCUGUGAUCCUAGUGAUGGCUGUUUGAUCGCUGCGCCAUUUUACGCCGGCUUCGAUAGAGAUCUACGUGUACGCAACGAUGUCAUCCCUAUCGGUGUGCAGAUACCCGGUCACAUCGAUCCUGCUUCACCGGACUCGCUUAAUUAUCUUCAAGCAAGAUACGACGAGUCAAAGACCGGCAAAGGACCCAAGAUCAAAGCGGUCAUCCUUUGCAAUCCUCAUAACCCUCUCGGCUUCUGUUAUCCUCGAGAGACAAUCGUAGAAUACGCUCGUUUUGCUGAGCGCAACAAUCUGCAUCUUAUCGUGGACGAGAUCUAUGCACUUUCGACGUUCAAGACGACAAACGCUACAGCGACGCCCUUUUGUUCAAUCCUGUCCAUCGAUGUCGAGCACGAAGCAGGCUGUGAUCCUUCUCGCGUGCAUAUGCUGUACGGCUCGAGCAAAGACUUCUGCAGCAACGGUCUACGCAUCGGCGUCAUGAUCUCCCAAUCUAACCCAGCGCUCUGCGAAGCCUUUACAUCCUCAGCCAUGUUCAUGAAGAUCAGUUCGCCUGCCGAUGCGCUCUUCUCCAAGCUCAUCUCCACUCCUGCCGAUCUCGAUUGGUUCAUCUCUACCAAUCAGCUCCGACUAGCCCAAGCAUACGAAUUCUCUACCAAAUGGCUCAAGAAACACGGCGUACCGUACAGACAGGCCAAUGCGGGACACUUUCUGUGGAUCGACUUGCGCAAGUUCAUGCCCACGUGCGAUAAUGAAGGCAAAGACCUUUCGUGCGAAGCAGAUAGAGAAUCGCAGCUCUUCAUCAAUCUGCUCGAGCACGGAGUCUAUAUCGCUCCCGGAAGCUUCUACCAUGCUUCUCAGCCUGGUUUCUUCCGAAUCACAUUCUCAGUCGUGCAGGAAGUGAUGCAAGUCGGUCUCGAUCGUCUUGCUGCGGUUAUCGAGCCGGAUAUGACUUCGUCUGUCGAUACCAUCGCUUCGGCCAAGGGCAACAAACGACUGAGUGCUCUCGAGUUGACGCGAGUGGACAUGGAAGCACUCGCUCUCGAGUGCGGAGGCAUGUGCUAG